AUGGAGUUGGCGUUUAGCACCAAGCGGAAGCCAGAGUAUGUCCAGACAGCUGUAGGUCAGGCUAAAAAGCCUAAGACCUCUGAUUCUUCCAAUAGAGUCCAGCAGGAUUAUGGCCAGUGUGCCAAGUGCGGUAAGUUGCACAAUGGGGCUUGUUGUGCAGCGGGCUCGAGAUGUUACAUGUAUGGACAGCAGGGCCACAUGAACAGGGGUUGCCCCAAGAAGGGUUUGAUUUGUUUCCAUUGCAACCAGACCGGCCUUAAAAGGGCUGAUUGUCCGAAGUUGCAGGGAGGAGAAGGAGAAGUGGCGAUGCCUGUGCCCACCAUAAUGAGAAUCACUGAUGGCUGCCCUGCCAAGGUGGAAGCUCCUGCGGUGAAGAGUCGCGCAUUUCAGCUAGGCACAGAGGAGGCUCGAGCUGCACCAGAUGUCGUGACUGGUAUGCAAUCUAUUUUUCAUGUUUGA